AUUCUUAUCUACGGUUCUCAGAGAUGAAACGGACAGCUGGCGAGUGAAACACGCUGAAUCUUCUCUUGUAAACAUAACCUGCAAGUUUGGACGGAUUAUUUAAGAACUUUCCUGGUCAAAGAACUGUCAUCCGAAAAUAACUUAUUCAUUUUAAUUUUAUUUACAAGGCUUUUUUUUCGCAAUAAUAUUUCGUGCGCGCACUUUGGACGAAGAUUACGAUUUGGUGUUGGGUCAGUGUGAUGACUGGCAAACGCUCUUGUUUUAUCGUUUCUUUAAAUACCUAAUAAUAGCUAACAACACAUACAUCCGAUCGCGAGUUAUCUUACAUUUAAUGCAAAACUUCACACGUGGGAUUUCGAGAUCGUGAAGUUUCAAUCGGAUGGUCUUCUCGUUCUUCGCUCUCAAAAACUGACUGUUCGGAGCGAUUAAAACUUGAACAUGUUUUUGGGAGUUCUCACGCAAUAAUAAGGCAUGUCACCUUCCUAUUUACUUUGUAAAUAUUCCAUGACCUCUUCUGAGUAGAGAAGUAAAGUUUCGCUCUAUCAGGUUUUUGGCGUAGGAAGAUCGGAGAGGUGGGAAGUCUAGAUCUCCUCGAGCGUCGUUCAGGAUCGUUUGAACUCUCCUCCCUGUUUGAACGGAGUCGCAUUGUAUCGGUCGUUACCACAGACAGUGUUGCGGGAUAGCAUGGCAAUGGUAGUAAAUCAGUGGCAAGAGAACAUUUCGGGUGAUCCCGGGUCCCAGUUGCAAAUGUGCAGCCAGGAGCCCGGCGGGACACCGGGAACUCCCUCAGGUUCAACCCCGGGAAACGACGCGCUCUCCGGGGACAAGAUUCCCAAUGUGGACUGCAUGGUGUGCGGGGACAAGUCCAGCGGCAAACACUACGGCCAGUUUACCUGCGAGGGCUGCAAGAGCUUCUUCAAGCGCUCGGUCAGACGGAACCUGAGUUACACCUGCCGGGGGAACCGCGACUGUCCCAUCGACCAGCACCAUCGGAACCAGUGCCAGUACUGCCGGCUGAAGAAGUGCUUGAAGGUCGGAAUGAGGAGAGAGGCCGUCCAAAGGGGUCGUAUGUCCAACUCGCAGUCCAGUCCAGGACAGUACCUGAGCAAUGGGAGUGACCCUUACAAUGGGCAGCCGUAUCUCUCGGGCUUCAUCUCUUUGCUCCUACGGGCCGAGCCAUACCCUGCGUCCCGCUAUGGAGCCCAGUGCAUGCAGUCCAACAACCUAAUGGGCAUUGAGAACAUCUGUGAAUUGGCCGCCCGUUUGCUCUUCAGCGCCGUGGAGUGGGCGAAGAACAUCCCUUUCUUUCCUGACCUGCAGCUCAUGGACCAGGUGGCACUCUUGCGCAUGUCGUGGAGUGAGCUGUUCGUUCUGAAUGCUGCUCAGUGCUCUAUGCCGCUGCAUGUAGCGCCCCUGCUGGCCGCUGCCGGUCUACACGCCUCCCCCAUGUCAGCCGAACGGGUGGUGGCCUUCAUGGACCACAUACGCGUCUUCCAAGAGCAAGUGGAGAAACUGAAAGCCCUUCAGGUAGACACGGCGGAGUACUCCUGCCUGAAGUCCAUCGUACUCUUCACCUCUGAUGCCAUGGGUCUGUCUGAUGUGGCCCAUGUGGAGAGCAUCCAGGAAAAGUCCCAGUGUGCUCUCGAGGAGUAUGUGCGGAACCAAUACCCCAAUCAACCCAAUCGAUUUGGCCGCCUGUUGUUACGACUGCCCUCCCUGCGUAUUGUUUCUUCUCCCGUUAUCGAACAGCUGUUCUUUGUGCGACUGGUAGGCAAAACGCCCAUUGAGACCCUGCUGCGGGACAUGCUGCUUUCCGGCUCCAGCUACAAUUGGCCUUACAUGCCUGUCCAGAGAGACCGGCCCAUCUCGCUCCAUUAUAAUGAGAACGGGCCCUGAUCCCACCCCCAAAAUCCAUAUCACACCCCCACCGCCAUGGGGUCAUGGCCAAUACAGAGUAUCUGUCAGCAAGCCACGCCCCUUUCUGCCACAUCAACACCUGCUUAUUUACCUGAAGCACCAGCCAUUUGUUUUGUCAAUGGGAAUGGACCACAGCGUUCAUAUAGACACUGAACUGUUUCCUACAGAGUUUUUCUAUGAACGAGGACUGUUUGGCCCAAAGUGCCACAUCCAUUCCUGAUUCUGAAGCAAAAAGAAGCCAUUAAAGCUGAUGCCAAAACUUUACCAGAACAGCUAUUAGAUGGACCUCGAAAACUGCACCACUUAUAUUAACAGGAGAGUCAAGACUCUGUCCAUUUGGUCGGGGUGGGGGGGGUUGUAUUUCACCCCAAGUACAACCGAGAGAAAGGCAUGACUCUUGGAGGACUCGUUGGAGAGAAAGCCAUUGCCAAAGUAGGACAGGCAGCCGAACUCUCUGGAGCAUUUUGGGGAACUGAUGACUGAGGUGAAAUUCUGUUUGUCUUGUUGAUUUUUUGUGUUUAGGUCUCUGAUGAAGUGGGAAGACUUGAAAGAGGCACUUGAAACCAGCCAGAUAACCCUAACUUUCCGUGCUUUUCUCAGCUGCAUCCAAAUAUUCAGCACAUCUAGACAGAAUGUUGCCGUGUCAAGCACAAUAUGCAUCUUGUUAAAUACAGGUGUUUAGCUCCUGUAGCUUCAAGAAAAAAACACUAGGGUAAAAUAGGGUAUUCUGGAACAUUUGGGAAAGUCGGGAAAGCUCUGAUUUGUCCAAGCCAACAAAGUCUAUGCUAACUUUACCAUAUUCUAGCUGGGUUGUCAUAGGAUAAAGUCUCAUUUGAUUGUGUAAAGUGUUGAGUGGGCAGUCAAACGUGCAAAAAUGACCCAGAUUACCCUAAGUGACCCGACAAACUCGAGACCUCAAUUAUGCCAAUAGUCUGCCUUUGAUGACCAGGUUUAUUGUGUAGCAUACUGUAGGUUUCAUCAAGUAUUUUUGUUACUUUCUUGCUCACUUGAAUAUGUUUAAACCCCUUUGUCACAUUUUUUAACAUGGCACUACAGCUUUUAAGGCAGCAUUUGGAUAUAAAAGCCAUUGGGACCUUUAAAAGCAGGACCUGUUGUAUUAGUUCACAGAAUAUUUCUAUCAAAGUAUUUUUUUCUGUAUUUUAGGUUUGGAAAAAUGAAUUCAUGAAAUAAAAUCUGUCAUUCACA